GGAGAAAGCUAAGCACCGUCCCUUCCGGUUCCGUCUCCUCGGUCACGGAAGUGUGAUGUGGCUGGAAGCGGGGAGCUAUGUCUGCGAUCUUCAACUUUCAGAGCCUACUGACAGUAAUCUUGCUGCUCAUAUGUACCUGUGCUUAUAUCAGAUCCUUGGCUCCCAGCUUACUGGACAAAAAUAAAACUGGAUUAUUGGGGAUAUUCUGGAAGUGUGCCAGGAUUGGUGAACGGAAGAGUCCAUAUGUAGCUGUGUGCUGUAUAGUGAUGGCCUUCAGCAUUCUGUUCGCACAGUAGCAACUGAAGAAUGUCAAGAAUAUCUUGCUGUCAAGCCAAUGGCUAAAUGAACUUUGAGCAGCAAAAAAGAUGAAAAGCAUAUUCUAACCCCUCUAUCUCUCUGUUGCGUGUAUUGGAUGGGCCAUACUUUUGGCAAGCCUUUCCUUUUUUUUUUUUUCCUGUUAGUGGACCAUGGUGUACAGUUUAACAAAAUGUAAUUCUGGAAUUGAAGACCUGUAUUUUGAUUAUUGAUGUUAUAAAUUCUGCAAAGGUCAUUCACGUGCAUUGUAUAUUGGAUUUCAAAGUGGUUAUUUUUAAGCCAUGCAAUUGAAAACAAAGUUAAUAAAUAUAUAUCAGUUUGA